AUGGGCGACAUUGCAGUUGAAAGCCAGGCCAACCAUGUGCCGUCGCACAAGAAGUCGGCUCCGUCAGCAAUCCCUACCAUUGAUAACUUCGAGGGUUUGCCAACAGAGGGUGGUGACGACUAUGCCUCGUUGAAGAAGCUGCAGCGACAGUUGGAGUAUAUUCAACUACAAGAAGAAUAUAUCAAGGAUGAACAAAGGAGCUUGAAACGCGAGCUGGUUCGAGCUCAAGAAGAAAUUAAACGAAUCCAGAGUGUUCCGUUGGUCAUUGGGCAAUUCAUGGAAGCCAUCGAUCAAAACACUGGAAUCGUUCAGUCGAGCACCGGAUCCAACUACGUUGUCCGAAUUCUCUCAACACUUGACCGCGAGUUGCUCAAGCCGUCAUCCUCCGUGGCCCUCCACCGACACUCAAAUGCCCUUGUCGAUAUUCUCCCUCCGGAAGCUGAUUCAUCCAUCGCCAUGCUCGGCGCCGACGAGAAACCCGAUGUGACUUAUGCCGAUGUUGGUGGCUUGGACAUGCAGAAGCAGGAAAUCCGAGAAGCCGUGGAGCUGCCCUUGACACACUUUGAUCUCUACAAACAGAUCGGUAUCGACCCUCCACGUGGUGUACUGUUGUAUGGCCCUCCUGGUACAGGCAAGACCAUGCUUGUCAAGGCUGUUGCCAAUUCCACCACCGCCAGUUUCAUCCGAGUUGUUGGUUCCGAAUUCGUCCAGAAGUACCUUGGUGAAGGUCCCCGAAUGGUGCGAGAUGUUUUCCGCAUGGCCCGCGAAAACUCCCCUGCCAUCAUCUUCAUUGAUGAAAUCGACGCUAUUGCCACGAAGCGUUUCGACGCCCAGACUGGUGCCGAUCGUGAAGUGCAACGUAUCCUGCUCGAACUGCUUAACCAGAUGGACGGUUUCGACCAAACGUCCAACGUCAAGGUCAUCAUGGCCACCAAUCGUGCCGACACUCUAGAUCCAGCCUUGCUGCGUCCCGGUCGAUUGGACCGAAAGAUUGAGUUCCCCUCGUUGCGAGACCGCCGUGAGCGCCGUCUCAUUUUCACCACCAUUGCCAGCAAGAUGUCACUCGCUCCCGAAGUCGACCUCGACAGCUUGAUCGUGCGCAAUGAUCCCCUGUCCGGUGCCAUUAUCGCUGCCAUCAUGCAGGAAGCUGGUUUGCGUGCCGUCCGCAAGAACAGAUACAACAUUAUCCAGAGCGAUUUGGAGGACGCAUACUCAAGCCAGGUCAAGGGUACGAGCGACGACAACAAGUUCGACUUUUACAAGUAA